AUGAACACAAUGUUAGAGUCUAUUUCAGAGCAUAUGAUGUGCAAGCCUUCCCGUUUAUCUACUCUUCCGUUGGAGAUGGUUGAGAGGAUUUGCCAAGAGCUUGCAACGCAAGAUUUGGCCGCGCUCCGAGGGACUUGCCGCGCCGCUCAUCACCUCACCAACCGGUGUUUUGCGCAACGGUACGCGGAGUACUACACAGACUUCUCCGCACACUCUUUAAACCACUUGCAUGCGCUGGCGGAGAACCGGCUGAUACGAGGCUAUAUUCAACACCUGGUAAUUCUGAGUCCGGAGCCGAGACUGGGGGAGAACAUGGACUGGCACUGGACGGCUGCUGGCCACCUCCGAUGUCCCCUGGACAUGCCCUUGAUCCGGCGGCUGCGGGAUGAUCUGACACAGAAAUUGGUGAACUGCCGAUCGUUUAUCCUAUCGCCCAUUCUGUCAGAACCCCAAAGUAAGGCGGACCUCCACGACAGCCCGACCUUCAAUCCCGACGAUGUCGCAUGCAUCCUCCUUGACCUCAUCGCGGACGCCUCUCUUCCGGUUAAACUCUUUUGGUAUGGCAAGGGCAUGAAUUACACCUCCAAAGUCAUGGAUAUUGCGCGUCUCCCAAAGUCACUCUACAGCAAUGCCGCCUUUCGGACGGGCUGGAAGUCCUUAGAGAACCUGCACCUAGAGCAGGAACUGACCCCCCAGAACUAUACUUUUGUGAUGGACAUGAUCCUCAGUGCGACUGGUCUCCGCAAACUACAUCUUGGCCUCGGAUACACCGAUCUCGCCGUCGAGUUCUUUUCGCAAUUGAGUGCGUCCAUUGCAGCUCUAGAUCACCUGGAACGGAUCAGUAUCUGGGGAACUUCGAUGCAAGCUGAAGAUCUCAUUCGCCUUCUCUGUAACUCGCAAACAAAUCUGAAGAAGCUUAGUCUGCGAUCAGUGACGAGCUUGACGUCGCAGUGGUUAACGUACCUCUGUCAGCAUCGUGACCUAUUUCCAUGUCUGACUACCAUUGACUUGAGUAUGAUCCAUGGACCUUCUGGUAUGUUGUCUUUUACGCCAAUGCAGGACUUGCCUCCGGAGCAGAAGAACAUGUUUGAACUUGAGCCUUGUGUCUACGAGGAUCUCCCAGACACAGGUGGAAAGGCAGGCGAUAUAGUCGGUAUUUCGUAUAGUGGUUCUGAUAUUGGGACGGCAUUGAAAGCGCUGCUAGAAGUGUGUGGCGAGCCUUCUGGUCAUCAAUGA